GGCUAUUGCUUCAGACUUUGGAUAGUUUCUUGGAGAUACUAAUAGAUUGAAAACAAGAACAGAAGUCGAGGUGUUUUGUAAUUGGGAAUAAACAACAGGAGAGCCAACUUUCAAGCCAGCUUCCCAACUGUCCUGGGACUGCUUCCCUCCCAGUAUUUGGAGGAAAGAAAGAGAAGAUGGUUCGAGAACAGUACACCACGGUCACCGAGGGCACUCACAUAGAGAGGCCCGAGAACCAGCACAUCUACAAGAUUGGCAUUUACGGAUGGAGGAAGCGCUGCCUAUACCUAUUCGUUCUUCUCCUGCUCGCCAUCCUCGUUGUGAAUCUCGCUCUCACUAUCUGGAUUCUGAAAGUGAUGUGGUUUUCUCCAAUAGGAAUGGGUCACUUGCAUGUUACAGCAGAUGGACUUCGCCUGGAAGGAGAGUCGGAAUUUUUAUUUCCGCUGUAUGCCAAAGAAAUACGCUCCAGAGUGGACUCAUCUCUGCUUCUGCAGUCAACCCAGAACGUGACAGUCAGUGCUCGCAACUCAGAAGGGGAGGUCACAGGCCGGGUGAAAGUGGGUGCCCAGAUGGUAGAAGUCCAGAGCCAGCACUUUCAGAUCAAUUCUGAAGAUGGCAAGCCACUGUUCUCUGCGGAGGAGCAGGACGUUGUGGUUGGCACAGGCAGACUGCGCGUAACAGGGCCAGAAGGAGCUCUUUUUGAACACUCAGUGGAGACACCCCUUGUCAGAGCUGACCCAUUUCAAGACCUUAGGUUAGAAUCCCCAACUCGGAGUCUAAGCAUGGAUGCCCCAAGGGGGGUUCAUGUUAAAGCUAACGCUGGGAAAUUGGAGGCCCUCUCUCAGAUGGACAUCAUCUUGCAGAGUAGUGAAGGAGUGCUGGUGCUGGAUGCUGAAACUGUGGGUUUGACCAAGUUGAAGCAGGGGACACAGGGUCCCGCUGGCAGCUCUAAUGGAUUCUAUGAGAUCUGUGCGUGUCCUGAUGGGAAGCUGUACCUGUCUAUGGCUGGUGAAGUCACCACCUGCGAGGAACACAGCCACGUCUGUCUUUGACCACUGCCUCUUCGGCAGCACACGUACAAUGUCUUGGUGAGACGACGGCUGUGGCCUCAGCCUUCAUGUCCAGCAGCUGGAUUGGAGCUGGAGGGCUCAUUGCUAAAACACUUAGAAGCAUGCAGGGGGAACAUGCCUAUGGAACUGUUGGGCCAACACUACCUGGCUUCAGAACGACACAAAAGAAACACCAGGAACAUAUUCACUGUAUUCAUCUUUCCAGCCUCUCUCCAGAUCUCUCACGCUGAGUUGCCACCUGGAAACAAUUUAUAGUACUCAACGGCAGACAUCUAUCUCCUCCCAAACAUGGCUGGCUGGCUGAUUCUAAAAUGCACUAACUGUGCACACCCUUUCCUUUAGAUUAAACCUCAAGUGCUCCCUUCAGCUGAGUGCAAUGUGUCAGAUUUCACCAAGAGAUCUCCAAGGUUUGUAGGUAAUUUGUGGUUAAUAUGAUUUUCAGUAUGUAAUUAAGGAAAGAAAUUACACAAAUUUAGUCAUACUUUUUAUAUACAUACUUAUGAGCAAUAAAAAUGACACUUUUCUGGACCAAGGUGUAAAAGGGUCUUACUUUCUUUGGUGCUCACAACUCUUUGGGUAGGUACUAAUUUUCCUCAAAUUCUUGGUGACAAAGACUCAGGCUAGCCAGUCAUGAGGCCCAAGGUCUCAGGUAACUACUGAGAUUAACUUGAAAUGUGACCCUAAAUUGGUCUGGUCAUUUUCCCUUGGAGAGAGCUCUGCAGCCAAAACACCAACUACAGCAGCUGAAUGCAUAGAUACCUGGUGCUAAUUUGACAUCUUUAGCUGGUGCCCCAGGGCCUUCAUCUCCCAGCAUCUUAGGAAGUGCUGAGCCUCUGCCUGACAGGCCUAGUGCUGGCUUCCACGUACAGGGAAGAAGGGGUGAAGCUGUUUGGAACCAGCCAUGCAACUUCUACAAACACGAGAGGCUGGGUGCAGCUGCAGAGAGGCAGCUAUGCAUGCAGUGUGUGAAUGUGUGCAAUGUGUGGAUGCAUGCAGUGUGUGGACAGUAAGCAGCACUCCUCCACGGCCUCUGCUUCAGUCCUUACCUCCAUGUUCCUGCCUUGAGUUCCUGCCCUGACUUCCCUUCACAACAGAUUGUGACGGGGACAUGUAAGCUAAAAUAAACUCUUUCCUCCCUGGGUUGCUUUUGAUCAUGGUGUUUCAUCACAGCGUUAGAAACUGUGAGACAGAAAUUGGUACAGAGAGUGGGCUAUUUCUAUGAUAGACCAGACCGUGUGAUUAGGGAUCUUUCCAGGAUUUUGGAACUUUGGGCUAGAAAAGCCACUGAGUGCUCAGAGCUUAGUGCACGCUUGUGGGGACUUAGAAGAUAAAGCUGAGAGCUCACAGUUGAUGGAAGUUUGAAUUGUAAAGUUUCAGAAGGACCUUUGAAUCCCUCAAAAACACAUGAUCAGGUCUGGCCAUAUGAUUUUGAAUUAAGAACUGCUAAAGUAAAAACCCUACUUUGCUGGAAAAAUCAAUACUCAUCAUGAGAGGCUGAAGAGUCAGCUGUGAGUAAGAAAGGGCCAGUAUCACUGAGGCAAAAUGUCCCGAAGUGCCUUGCACCACUCUGGAUCUCAGCUUCCCUGUGUGUUGACACUGAGGGAACAGUCCAUAGGUUUUAUUUCAGUUAUGCUGGCUUAAUUAGUUUUUCAAUCAAGUUCCGCACAUUGAGGCUGUAAUACAGAGGGGUCAGACCGUGUCUUGUGCUGGCUGAUGAACUUGGUAAUGUGUAAGAGUCUCCCAGGUCUCUGCUCCAAACCAUGAAGGGGUCAUGGAGAACAGCUGAGGCUGGGGGCCAUGAGAGGCCAGGAGAGGCUGUUGGCGAAGAAGACACAGCCUCAGUUGCAGUAGAAGUCCCAGUAUUAAAGGACUCAUACAGGCACCAUGUGGCAGGGUCAGGGGUCCUGAACAGAACCCAUCCUAGUGAAGUUUCUAGUGAAGGAGCCAUCCAAAUGCAGCAGAGACCCCAGCAUUUUGGAGGUGCCAGUACCACGCGACAACCACCAAGGACAGCUGCACCUGCAGAGUGAAGCUAGCCUGAGUCUAGAAGAUAAGUCCCAUGUGCUGUGGAUGGCAGAGCCAGGGAAGAAGGCUGCACUGAUACUGGUUUUAUAGCCCAGGGAAAACAGCAAAAUGGAGGCUCCACCUCCCACAGCAGCCUGUAGAAUGGACACUGGAGGUCUGAAUGAAAAUGGACCCCCAAAGGCUCAUAUAUUUUACUUCUUGGUAUCGGGAGGUGGUAAUACUUGAGAGGGAUUGGGGAUAUGGCCUUGUUGGAGGAAGUGUGUCACUGGCUGUUUUAUCUUUACUGUAAACACUACCUGGUUCCUGUCAGUCCUUUGAAGCCACUCCUCCGUUUUUGUGUCAGAUAUUUCAAUGUACACUGCCUGCAGUGACACCUUACUCCAUUGUUUUCUGUAUUAUAUAAGACUGGUGUUUGCUUUGUGAAACAAUUACAUUCAGAUUCAGCACUCCCUUG